CAGUCGAGAAUGAGUUAAAGCUGAGACGGUCACUAUGAAAGGGCGUUACAAAGAGGUACUGUUUCAGUUGCUACAAGUCGUUGUGACGAGUGGAGCAAGCAAAAUGAAGUUAUUGCAUGUCUUUUUCUUGGUUUUAUCUGCUGCAUUCUCUGCAAAAGGAGUUCAACAUGGAAGUCUUCGCAUCGGCCAGACAAACCCUGAUAAUUACUACUGCGAUACUAUCACCUUCCCAACAGCCUUCACGGGAGUUGAUCCUGUCAAACUCUUUACGUCAGUUGGCUUUGGCAUGAGCUCUUCACGUGUACAUGACGUAGUGUUCACGUGGGUCGAGUCUGUCACUACAAGUAGUUUUAAAGUCUGUCUGGUUGAGAAUGGGGUUGGAUCAAGUGGUAAUGUGACUAUUAAUUGGAUGGCUUACCAAGGCGUGCAGUCUGGUGUGACGGAUGGCUCUGUGAGGCUCAACGACUGGACGACGGGAACGGAAUGCAAACAAGUUCUUCUUUCGCAGACUUGGAUGGCAAUGACUGAAGUUCCCCAGACAUGGAAUUAUCAUGACUUUAUCAGAGUAGACUUUCCAAACACUCUUGUACCAAGCGAGGCUGACAAUGAUGCGUUUUGCCAGAUUGUGAGUUUCCACGAGCCGUAUUAUGCUCCACCGACAAUCGUUGUUGCACCAAGUCAUCACUAUGACAGCAGUAAUGUCAAUGCCAUCCAUCCAAAAGACAACUCCAUUGCUGCCUGGGUUGAGGAAACUACACGAACACACUUUAAAACAUGUGUUAAAGACCUUGUUGGGCUGAACGACAAACAUCAUCCUAUUGAGGUGGACUACAUGGUGUUUGGAGAUCUUGAUCCAUGCAUCAACAAGACCUGUGAAUAUUUUGGUGUUUGUCAAGCCAUAUCAGCAGGUGUUGCUCAGUGUGUGUGCGUUACCCAGUGUCCAUCUUACCAAGAUCUCGUGUGUGCUUCYAAUGGUCGAACGUUCGAUAACAUGUGCGCUCUGGAAAGAGAAAUCUGUCAAACGCAGGGAAACUAUUCGUACUACCAUCCAGGCAGCUGUCAAGGUUUUCCAUUCGAAAAAGGAACACAUCAUCUCAGCCAUGUUUCAGCAUUUGCCGAGUCUCAUUGUGAAGUUGUCUCUCUCCAGCCCUACGAAUUUUAUCCCGACAAACCCAUCCAUGUCCAAUUAACUGUCAACUAUAUCAAUUCCUCACUUCCGGCUAAUGUCCAUGACGCAACAGUCACAUGGUCAGAGAAGGUCAGUCCGGAGAACUUUACUGUUUGCAUCACAAAAACCGGCAGAAAUGAUCAGCUCACUAAUGACGUGGCAUCAGUUGAUUGGGUAGCAUAUCAAGGCUCGCCGAGUGGCGCUGUG